AUGGCCAACAUUGAGACUGUCAGCAUCCCCAACAUUGCUUGGGAGACGGCUGCAGAUAUCCAUUACCCGCAAAACUUCGACGAGGCCAAGAAGUACCCUCUCGUUCUGUCGGCGCACCCCAUCGGGUCCUGCAAGGAGCAGACCUCUGGCAACGUCUACGGAAAGGCGUUGGCCGAUGCCGGCUUCGUCGUCAUCGCCUUUGACGCCUCCUUCCAGGGCGCCUCCGGCGGCCACCCCCGCUUCAUCGAGAACCCCGAGUUCCGAGUAGCCGACUUCCGCGCCGUCGUAGACUACGCGCAGGCGCUGCCGUACGUCGACGCCACGCGCAUCGGCGUGCUGGGCAUCUGCGGCGGCGGCGGCUACGCGCUCAACGCCGGCAUGACCGACCACCGGCUGCGAUGCACCGUCGCCAUCACGCCCGUCAACUUUGGACGGCUGAUGCGCGAGGACUUUGCGCAGUUCGACCCGGUCGGCACGCUCGAGGCGAUUGCGAAGCAGCGCACCGCCGAGGCGCAGGGCGCGGAGCGCCACGUAUUGCAGUAUCUGCCGCCGACGGUCGCGGCCGCCAACGCGAUGACGACGGAUCCGGACCUGGUCGAGGCCACGGACUACUACAAGGAGCGAGCCCGGGCGCCGAACGGAUGCGCGAGCGGGCUGCUCUCGUACAACAGCUCCGCGCUGGCGUGGGAUGCGUUCAACCACGCCGAGGUGCUCAUGACGAAGCCGAUUAUGGUCGUGGUGGGUGACAUUCCGGGGAGCUUUGGAGCGUAUCGCGACGCGCUGGAGGUGAAUGGACGCGCGGCGUCCAAGGAGAAGGAGCUGGUGGUGCUGCCGGGCGUGUCGCAUUACAGUCUGUAUGACAAGCCCGAGUCAGUGAAGCCGGCAUUGGACAAGGUGGUGCCAUUCCUGAAGAAGCACCUUGGCGAGGUCGCUUGA